AUGUCUACCAACGCAACCUCACGAUUACUAAUGCUUAAUGCGCAUCUUCAGACUCAUGAAGAGAAGGAUCUCUUACCAGAGUUUCCUAUGUUGUUACGAUACGAGCGAGAACAAUACGAUGGGAAAUUUCAUUCGACUUCAUAUAAGCUUUUACAGAAGUCAAUGCAUAUGUUGCAGCAGACCAAAUUAGUUGGGAUGAAUGGAUUUGCUCGAGGGUUCACCAAGAGACUUCAUCAUGAUACAUGUAUAGAAAGAAUACGAAAUAGGUGGGUUAAUGGUAAUUCUAAAUAUACUGUUUCAUUAUCUUCAGGUUCUAAAUGGAAGAAUUUAACCAACUGUCUUAGUGAAGAUUUGAAUGAAAUACGUAUACUUCUAGUAUCAAUUGAUGCAGAUGAAGAAGAGGAGUGCGACAUCCAUGAUGAAAUUAAAGAAUUAUUCAACAAGCCCACUACUAUCAAAACAGUAUCUGACUAUACCAGAAUUGUUGAUGAAUUAUCCGAUGAUAAUGAUUUAGAUAUGAUCAUCAUCGAUAGUAUAGAUGGAGAAGUUCAAAAUAUACGUGAUCUAAUAUCUUCUACUAAUCUGGAAUUACCUGUUUGGUUAAAUGUCAAACAAAUUGCUCAUACCUUUAGAUUUGAUGAUUUGAAUAUCGAUUAUUUAUCUUUUAAACUUAAGGACACCAGCAUAUUUAUUUCCAAGCAUAAAUUAGUUGAAGGAGACAUGGAUGAUCCAUCACAGGAACAAUUACAAGCUUUAGAACGUGAACUUUCGUAA